AUGGUCGGCCCAGGUGGUGGUCCUCCGCGCAAGAGCCACACCAAGUCUCGUAAUGGCUGCAAGACUUGUAAGAGGAGGCAUAUUCGCUGCGACGAGACCUUCCCACAAUGUCGCAAUUGCACCAAACACAACUGCCGCUGCGAUUACCAAGAUGUGGUCGGCGGCGCAGGCAGUCCCCCAACUCCACGGCGCGGUCCUGACCUGCUCAUGUCGCCUGACAUCGAGGCCGAGAUUGAGAACUGGCAUCGUACCGGUGUGCCUCCUUAUCCAGAGCUCCUGCAGUGUCCUCGCUCAGGAUGGUCGGGUCUUUCGCGUGAUGAUUUGCGCUUGAUUCAUCAUAUUAUUGGGGUUUCCAUUGACUUACACCGGAGAGGGCUGAGUGGCUGUACAGCCUGGGCGCAGAAGAUGCCCAAUUUUUUGGCUAUUGCGCUGUCUAGCGACUUUGUCAUGAGCUCCAUCCUGGGCUUGUCGGCUUUCCAUCUUUCGUUCUUAACAGGAGAUCAAGAGACAAAGCAGUUGGCGUAUCGCCAUAAAGUGACGGCUCUUCAGGGCUUGCAGGGUGCCCUUGCAUCGUUCUCCAAGGAUAACUGUGAUGCCAUUCUUGCGGCCUCGGUUCUUCUUACAUGGCAGGCGACAGAGCACUCGAGUUGGAUGUCCUUGCAACAUGGCAUCUCAAGUGUACUCGAGUUUAUGCAUCCAUAUUGGAAGCAGGAGUCAGAUCUGGCACAAUAUGUAGAGAGCCUAAGGGCGCUGAGCACAACAGAUCUCUCAAUGGCAGGUGCCUACCAACCUCUCGACGAAGACAUGGUCCAUCUCGACCAAACAAUCCACGCCCUCCAGAUGAUUCAAAAACGAGUCACUCACAAUCUGGAGCACACCCAACGCCUCGGUGAACUGAUCGAAUUCGUUCAAAAAUUCCGCGAUGACUUACCCAGUCAGACCUCUGAACAAACCUUCGACCGCAUCCAGAUACUUCGCCGCUGGCUCUUCUGGCUCCCGCCCUCCAUGCUCCGAGGAAGCGACUCGGAUCUGAGCGCGCUCGCCAUUCUGGCCCAGUUUUUCGCCGUUGGCAUCUCCCUCGACCGCUUCCUCCCAGAGAUGGGAGGUGCAUAUCUAGGCGCUUUAUCCAUCGGCCCCAUCGAAGAAAUCUACCGCAUCAUCAUCGCAAAUAGCGCAACAGAUCCCUUCAACGCCGACCUGCGACUUUCCCUCGGCCUGAUGGAUAUCCCUCGCCGCAUCGUCGCCCGCUAUCGCAGCCGACUCCACUGGUCUCCUCGCUCCUCUAUCGACCAGUAUUCCCCCUGUUCACCAAGUCCAUACCACCACAACCUGACCGAAUACCCACUCGUCACAUCCUCCUCUCCUGCAUCGGCCUCUCCCUCCUACGCCGCAUAUACUCCGCCCCUCCAAUCCCCUCCGGCUGUCACAGUCGCCAGCUCUCCCUUUAAUCUCGCAGACGGCUACAUCACUGCGCCACCCUCGCAUUCGCAUUCCCUCUACCCACCCUCUCCACAACUCCUCGAUACGAAUGACGCACAUCUUUCUCUGGACCUGGUUCAUUCUCAAUCCACUCUUCCGAGUUCCUCGACAUAUACACCGCCAUACGGCGGGGAGUUACAUUGCUCCGACUUGCCCCGUGCUGAUGGCACGCUUGGCUUGAACAUGGAAGUCUAUCCACAGACACAUCCAUUCGAGAUGCCUGGCUUGGUUGCGCCGCUUUGGACAUCGUGA